AUGACGAGCCAGCGAUCAACUGCGGCCCGAACGCCCGCUAAAUCGACCAAACCAGCUGCCACUACUUCUUCAGCCAAGCAGCGUUCAAUCGUUUCCUUCUUCCAAAAAGCGCCCCCCUCUUCCCCCGCCGCUCCCGCAUCAUCUCCGCUUGCAAAAGCCUCUCCCACGACCAAGCAAUCCUCGUGCUUGAAAGAAACAACGAAGGCAAAUUCUCUGCCAAAGACAACUCCUCUCUCCAAGUCCAAGCCCAAGCCAACUGUCGCCAUCAAGCAAACGACCCCCGUGCCUGAUAGUGAUGCUCUUGAGCCCCCGAGCUCCCAGGAGAAUCUCGACUCAACCAUGAAGAAGCCCUCCAAUAAGAUGGAUCACGACGCUCUCCCCAGCAGUCCGACUCGAAAGGUCAAAAAGGUCGUUAGUUACGCCGAAUCCUCAGAGGAAGACGAGCCCUUCCAAUUUGGCGGGCCCGCAAGUUCGCGUCGAAGAACUAGAGUACGACAGGUUGUUAGGGAUGAGGACGAUUACGAAGAACAAGAGGAGGAAGAGGCAGAAGAAAACGAUAGCGACACUAUGGAUGACUUUAUCGCAUCAGAAUCAGACGACGAUACCUCUCGUUCCAAGAAGCGAAAGCGAUCCUCAAAGCCCGCUGCUCCCCGAAAGCGGUCCAAUAAGUCAUCGCCCAUCCCCGAACCCGAAAUAGAUAUCAAGGAUAGCAUUCUUGAAGAGGAUGAGCUGAUGGAUGAUGUGGGAGGCGCUACGGCCUCACAAUGGAGCUAUGAUGCUGCUUCUACCAAUAAGCAACCGGUCGUCAAGCCUGCUGAAAGAGUGGCCAUAAGGGACCCCAAACAUAAGGAGAAGGCAUACACCAAAGAUCCCGAUCAAAGAUAUCCUUGGCUUGCCAAUAUUAUGGAUAAAGACAAGCGAAAGCCCGACCAUCCCGAGUACGACAAGCGAACAAUUUACAUCCCCCCUGCUGCUUGGCACAAGUUCUCGCCCUUCGAGACCCAAUACUGGAAGAUCAAGCAAAACCUUUGGGAUACGAUUGUCUUCUUCAAGAAGGGCAAGUUUUAUGAAUUAUACGAGAACGAUGCCACCGUGGGUCAUCAGGAGUUCGACUUCAAGAUGACAGACCGGGUCAACAUGCGCAUGGUCGGAGUGCCUGAAAGUUCACUUGAUCACUGGGUGAACCAGUUUAUCGCCAAACAAUACAAGGUUGCUCGUGUCGAUCAGAUGGAGACAAACUUGGGUAAAGAGAUGCGCGAGCGACAGGACAAGAGCAAGAAGGCCGACAAGGUCAUCACCCGUGAGCUUGCUUGCAUCCUUACAGCCGGAACACUUGUCGACGGUAGCAUGUUGCAAGAUGACAUGGCCUCCUACUGUGUCGCUAUCAAAGAAUCUGUCGUGGACGACCUCCCUGCUUUUGGUAUCGCUUUUGCCGAUACUGCCACUGGACGCUUCUAUCUUUCUACCUUUGUGGACGAUGUGGAUUUGACCAAGUUUGAGACCCUCAUCGCUCAAACCGGCCCACGAGAACUACUUCUUGAGAAGUCCCGCUUGUCUACUAAGGCACUGCGUAUCCUCAAGAAUAACACUAGCCCAACCACCAUCUGGACACACCUCAAGCCAGGCGAAGAGUUCUGGGAGGCGGAUAAGACCCGCCGCGAACUCGACUGUGGAGGCUACUUCAAGUCAGAAGAUGCUGACGAGGAGGUUUGGCCCGAGAUUCUCCAGUCACUACGGGAUGAUGAUUUGGCCAUGUCGGCAACUGGUGCUUUGAUCUCAUACUUGCGGUUCCUCAAGCUUGAGAGACCUUUGCUGUCGCAGGGCAAUUUCGAGCUCUACAACCCAAUUCAGAAGAAUGGAACGUUGAUCCUGGAUGGGCAAACGCUUAUCAACCUUGAAGUCUUCUCCAACUCGGUCAAUGGCGGUUCCGAGGGUACAUUGUUCAGCUUACUUAACAAGUGCGUCACGCCCUUUGGAAAACGUCUCUUCCGAUCAUGGGUCGCGCACCCGCUCUGCAACAUUGAUCGCAUCAAUGAACGUCUCGAUGCUGUCGAGAUGCUCAAUGCCGAUCAGACAGUUCGCGAACAAUUCGCCUCACAGCUCGUCAAGAUGCCCGACUUGGAGCGACUCAUCUCCCGAAUCCACGCCGGGGCUUGCAAACCCGAGGACUUUGUCAAGGUCCUGGAAGGCUUUGAGCAGAUAGAGUACACCAUGAGCCUACUGGGAUCUUACAAGGGUGGCAAUGGUCUCGUCGACCGCUUGAUUUCGUCGAUGCCAAACCUCGAUGAGCCUUUGAGCUAUUGGAGAUCAGCAUUUGAUCGUAGCAAGGCGCGCGACGAGAAGCUACUCAUUCCCGAGCGUGGUAUCGAAGAGGAUUUCGACGAGAGUUCCGAUCGUAUCGAGGAGAUUAAGCAGCAACUCGAGGAUCUCUUGGCCGAGAAGAAGAAGGAGUUUAAGUGCAAGCUCCUGAAGUUUACAGACGUCGGCAAGGAGAUCUAUCAAUUAGAGGCUCCCAAGAGUGUCAAGGUCCCCUCGACCUUCCGUCAAAUGUCAGCGACAAAGGACGUCAAGCGCUGGUACUUCCCUGAACUAUCCCAACUUGUGCGAGAGCUUCAAGAAGCUGAAGAGACACACUCACAACUUGUACGCGAAGUUGCGUCGCGAUUCUUCCAGAAGUUCGAUGUUGACUAUGAGACCUGGCUGCAAGCCAUUAAAAUUAUUUCGCAGCUGGAUUGUCUUGUCAGCUUAGCCAAGGCAUCCGCCUCACUCGGCCAGCCAAGUUGCCGUCCUGAGUUCGUGGACGAGGAGCGAAGCACUGUUGACUUCCAGGAGCUGCGACAUCCUUGUAUGAUGAACACAGUUGACGACUUCAUUCCCAACGAUAUCAAGCUUGGUGGUGACCAGGCCAAGAUCAACUUGUUGACUGGAGCCAACGCUGCCGGUAAAUCCACCGUCCUUCGCAUGUCUUGUGUCGCCGUCAUCAUGGCCCAGAUCGGAUGCUACGUCCCUGCCACUUUCGCACGCCUCACACCCGUCGAUCGCAUCAUGUCUCGUCUCGGUGCCAACGACAACAUCUUCGCCGCUCAAUCUACUUUCUUUGUUGAGCUGUCCGAGACCAAGAAGAUUCUCUCCGAAGCCACACCUCGAUCCCUGGUCAUUCUGGAUGAGCUCGGUCGUGGAACAAGCUCUUACGAUGGUGUUGCUGUCGCCCAAGCUGUUCUUCACCACGUCGCUACUCACAUCGGCUGCGUCGGCUACUUCGCUACUCACUACCACUCUCUCGCGACAGAGUUUGAGAACCAUCCCGAGAUCCGAGCACGAAGAAUGCAGAUCCACGUUGAUGACGAUGAGCGUCGCGUCACCUUCUUAUACAAGCUAGAAGACGGUGUCGCCGAGGGUAGUUUCGGUAUGCACUGCGCCGCCAUGUGCGGUAUCUCAUCACGCGUCAUCGACCGCGCAGAAGUCGCUGCCAAAGAAUGGGAACACACCAGCCGUCUCAAGGAUAGUCUUGAGAAGGCAAAGACGGGAUGUUACAUCCCGCUGGGUAUUCUCAGCGACAUCGGUGCACUGCUCGGCGAUAAAGGCGAGAUGGGAGACGCAGGAGUGGAUGUUCUUCUCAAUGCUAUCGAGGCAUUGUAA